AUGAAGAUGACAACAAGUCACUGGCCCGAAGAGGACUGCAAAUUCAACGCCUUUUUCAAUAACCUAUACUCCUACCGCGACGAGCUAGAAGACAAUGUGCUCAACCAUACAGGGAUCUCGCGAGCUCUGGUGCCCAACGAGACCAUCAAUUUGCCUAGAAAGAGCUGGAAAGUGUCUGAGAGAGAGUAUUUCAGACAUUUUGUAGGUUCACAAAGUAGCACGAUCCGAUUAUUGAUACAAACUAUAUACUGGAAUCUUGCCGGAAUCAAAGAGGAGGGGCCUAUCCUUCGCUUCACCCAUUCUGGACUUACGUUCAGAUACACAAUUGGUGGUAAGCAAUAUGCCAGUAGAGCGGAAGGUGCGGCUUCUGUGGGACAACCGGCCCAGCGCCUACCAAUACUAUGCUUUACUGGAUGGUUUGAAGAGCAGAGCUGGAGUGAACUGAUGGAGACUGUCAGUAUCAUGCUGGGUCAGCUUACCAAGAACCUUAGUGUCCAGCGCAGUGGUGAGGGCAUCCAGGACCAGGAAGUCUUUGUGGUUGGCUUUCAUGGUUUCCAUUUCCACAUCGCUCGUGCAUGGUUUACAAAGAGCCAGAUCUCGAGGGUCCAUGCAAAGGGGUGCUCAGAGAACGAGAUUUUGAAUCUCGAAUUCACACGAGGCUAUAAUCUGUGUCUCAAACAAGACUGGCUUGAAGCCACGCAUGCAUUGGCAAGGUUACUUCGGUAUCUUCUGAGCGGGAGAGCAAGGGUCAAUGCCGUGCAGGCGUGUUUGUGA